AUUCAUUAGCCCUCUCUCUCUCUCUCUCUCUCUCUCUCUCUCUCUCUGUGCACCGUCUCCGACUCUCCGCUCUCCUUCCACUCUGUUUUAGCGAGGAUUCGCGGGCUUCCGCCUUCGAAUUAACAAAGGCCGCAAUGGAUGAAGAAGACCGAUCUCAGCCGAACCAGUUCUCCUCGGAAACCCUAGAUCCGAUCGCCCAGAUGAAGCACGCCACCAUGCUCGAGCGCCUCUCAAAUCUCCAGCGCUCCCGCCUCCAGCAGUCUGCCGCCCGCCGCUCAGACUCCGCCGCCUCCUCCCCCGCUUUCGAGUCCGUCCGCUCCUUUCUUGACCGCUUCUCGGACUCCAAGCGCUCCAUCGAGGCCGAUCUCGCUUGCUGCCGCGCCCUCGCCUCCGAUCCGGCCUCGGCCCCCAACCUGAAGCCCGAGCUCGAGAAGGUCUCCGCCUCCAUCGCCGAUCUGGACCGCCUCGUCGCUGAGAACUCCUACUUCUUGCCGUCCUACGAGGUCCGCUCCUCUCUCAAGGCCAUCUCUGAGUUGAAAGAGGCGCUGGAUAGCGCCAACUCGGAGCUGAUGCCGAGGAAGAAGUUUUCUUUCAAAAACAAAGCACCGAAGAAAGAUCCGUGCGUUUUGGUCAAACAAAUAGAGCAGAUCAAGGUCCUGGAUGCGGAAAAAUCGAGUCCUGUGUGCGUCCGGGACUCGCCAGGGUUUUGGAACAAGGAAGAUGCGGUUUUGGUGAAGCGUUUUAGGGUUUCUGAAGAGGGCGAGGGGGAUUUCUCUCUUUCGGACCUUAGUUCUUGUGAGGUCUACCUCAAAGGCCGGAUUCGAGCACUCUUCGUACAUCGGCUCAGGAAUUGCCGCAUCUUUGCUGGCCCUGUCCAGGGAUCAGUCCUGAUAGAAGAUGUGAAUGAUUGUUUGUUCAUGCUGGCCUCUCACCAGAUCAGGAUCCACCAGGCCAGGGCGACGGAUUUCUAUCUCCGGGUCAGGAGUAGGCCGAUCAUUGAGGACAGCAGCGGUGUGAGGUUUGCACCAUACCGGCUGUUUUAUGAAGGAAUCGAUGAGGAGCUGAAAGAUUCUGGUCUAGGGGAGGAGACAGGGUAUUGGGCCAAUGUGGAUGAUUUUAAAUGGUUACGAGCUGUGCAGUCUCCAAAUUGGUGCUUAAUACCUGAGGAAGAACGUGUGGGCACCAUGAAUGCUUCAGAUAGGGAGGAGCAAUGUGAUGAUAAAUAGUUUAUCUUCACCUUAAUUUCUGCCCGCAAGCAUGAUUGUGGGCUCGGCAAAUCAUAUAUGGUUUAUUUGGUUUUUUUUUUUUUUUUUGUCUCUGAGAAAUUUCAUCUGCUAUACUUACAUGAAAAUUUUGGCUUAUAUUCA